UAUUUGAGGUAUCAAAGGAAAGGAUUCGCUAUGUGUCUGAAUAACAAGACUGACAAUGCGAGUGUACUCUUAGAGAAUAGACCGAUUUUAAUAACUGUGUUUACAGGAGCUCAAGGUCAGGACCAAGCUGCGCUGUGGUAAAUGUUUUUUUUCAGUUGCAACACAGGGGAAAAUGGACGAUUAGAGAUUAUUCUUUGUAGGUUAUUAUAUCAAGGGUUGAGCUUUUGGCUCAUCAAAGCUAAAUGCCGCAAGACCUAUCUAGUUGCUGUGAAUUAUGCCGAAGACGACAAUGGAGUGAUUUUUUUAAUGGUACAAUGCAUUUCACCUACCAGAUAGGGGGAGUCCAAGCUGAGAGAUGGGAAUGUCUUGUGAUGCUGGGUAAUCAGUUUCAAUGAACACGUUUAUCCUGUAAAGAGACCGAAUGAAAUUAAACACGGUGUACUUGGGAUCUGUUUGGUACAGUUAGAAAGGCAUUCUGGAGUGGGCAAUCGUAACAGGUCCGAGGCACACUUUUCCCCCUCAGCACAAGAAAAUGAUUAAGUCAAUCAUGUGGACAUGCUUCAUUAUUCAUUGAACACAAUCUUUUACAACGCUUCGUUUACACGCAGGAGUUUCUUCUACGCGGUGCUUUACAUUUUAAGGGAAGUGGGACGCCCCUUUGGCCAUCCGUCAGUGCCAACCAAGCUCAGCUGCAACCUCUGACUGAUUAUUUUCUAACCAGAUUGACAGUCCUAACACAAGUAUGCAGUUAGUGUGUUAAGGAUGGAGGAAACUAGUUUGUGCCUUGGUGUGUCUUCAGCAGUGCCUGAAGCUGAAGCCCAUCUCAACAGCACUGUUCUUAACGGCCAAUAUCCGAUAAGCCAGAAGCUGCACCAAUUAACUGCUCAACUUGGCCAUGCCUUUCCAGAUCUUCACAACAGACAGAUCCCUGAAGAGAAAGCUGCUACCCCACUGGAUGAAAAAAGUCACCUGUCUUUUGCAAGUCAGCCAAUAAGCAGUCAGAUGGCUUUGCUUGCCAACCAUCUGAACCGAGACAUCGAUUCUAGUCUGGCUAUGAACGGGAGAGUAGACCUUCAACAGUUCCUGAACGGGCAGAACCUGGGCAUCAUGUCUCAAAUGAACGACAUUGAAGACGAUGCCAGAAAGAACAGGAAGUACCCAUGCCCUCUCUGUGGAAAACGGUUUCGCUUCAACAGCAUCCUUUCACUACACAUGCGAACCCAUACUGGAGAGAAGCCUUUCAAAUGCCCAUACUGCGACCACAGGGCGGCUCAGAAGGGCAACCUGAAGAUCCACCUACGCACUCACAAGCUGGGCAACCUGGGCAAGGGCCGUGGCCGAGUCCGUGAGGAGAACCGACUCCUGCACGAGCUGGAAGAGAGGGCCAUCCUGAGGGACAAGCAGAUGAAGGGCAGCCUCCUGCAGCCCAGGCCUGACAUGAAACAACAGCAACAGCCUCCCCAGCAACACCAGCUGCAGCCAAUGCAGACUCAGCAGCAGCAGAUACCCAUUGCCCCCUGCAGUCUGCCGACACUCACAAGCCACAGCACCCCGGAGAACACUUCUCUUCUGGCCCCCUCUCCCAAACCAGCCCAGGAAGAGCAGGCAGCACCGCCCACUGGCUUCCGCUGCACCUUCUGCAAAGGGAAGUUCAAGAAGCGUGAGGAGCUGGAUCGCCACAUCCGCAUUCUGCACAAGCCCUACAAGUGUACGCUGUGUGACUUUGCUGCCUCCCAGGAGGAGGACCUCAUUAGCCAUGUGGAAAAGGCGCACAUCACUGCAGAGUCGGCCCAGGGCCAGGGCUCCAGCGGAAAUGGGGACAAGCCUGUCAACGAGUUCCGCUGCGAGGUGUGUAGCCAGGUCUUCAGCCAGGCCUGGUUCCUGAAGGGCCACAUGAGGAAGCACAAGGAUUCCUUCGAGCACUGCUGCCAGAUCUGUGGCAGGCGAUUUAAAGAACCCUGGUUCCUGAAGAACCACAUGAAAGUACAUCUGAACAAACUGUCUAUUAAGAGCAAAUCACCUACCGACUCUGAGGUGCCUGUAACUAUCAAUAGCAUGGCACAGGAAACCCAUGCAAACUUGUACUCCCGAUACAUAUCAUGCUUGCAAAGUGGGUUCCUAACGCCUGAUAAGACAGGCUUAGGUGAUCAAAACCAGAUGCUUAGCAAAGCAGCCAUCACUAUGAAGGAGAAAGAAAUGCUUGGAAAACUUCUGGCACCGGUUGGUGGAAUGGGCCACAGCUUGGGUGAAGGGGAGAAGAGGUCUUUGUUGGGUUGUUUGAACCUGGUGCCUCCCUUGAAGUCCAGCUGCAUGGAGCGCUUGCAGGCUGCCGCAAAAGUAGCGGAAAUGGACCCUAUAAACAAUUAUCAAGCUUGGCAGAUUAUGGCAAGGGGAAUGGCCAUGGAUCAGGCUUUUCUGUCUAAAGAACAUCAGCAAAUGAAGUGCAGUCAGGAAGAGACUCUGGCCAAUGCAGGCAUACUCUUUGCUAAAGAAAAGCGAGACUACCUUCUUAUGGCUGCUGAUGGUUCCAAGCAAAAGCUGCACACUGAAGCUGUGCAAUGUGCCAAAAGCAGCAACCUGGUCUCAGGUAAAGAUGGCACUUCAGAAAGUAGCAGGGAGUUCAUGCCCCACAGCCUUGGGCAGAGCCUUGAAUACAGCAUACCUAGUAUGAAGGAAAAGUCCACAGAGUGCUCAGAUUGUGGAAGGGUGUUUAGAACUUAUCACCAAGUGGUUGUCCACUCCAGAGUGCACAAGAGGGACCGGAAGCCCGGGGAGGAGGGGAUCCGAGUCUGCCUGGAUGAGCGACGUGGCUCAGCAAGUGAUCCAGAGUCUCAGUCCAUCAGCAGAUCCACAACUCCAGGUUCCUCUAACAUCACUGAGGAAAGUGGAGCUGGAGGAGGCCUUUCACAGACGGGGAGCGCACAGGAGGACAGCCCCCACCCUUCCUCUCCUUCCUCUGAUGCCGGGGAAGAAGUGGGGAAGCCAAUGGGAGUCCAGCAGUCGUCUCUAGUGAGAGACAGAGGCCUGGGAUCAGCUAUGAAGGACUGUCCCUAUUGUGGAAAAUCCUUCCGAACAUCACACCACCUGAAGGUCCAUCUGAGGAUUCACACAGGUGAGAAACCGUACAAGUGCCCGCACUGUGACUACGCCGGCACUCAGUCAGCCUCCCUCAAGUACCACCUGGAGCGCCAUCACAGGGAGCGGCAGAAUGGCGGGGGGCCUCUCUCCGGACACCCCCAAGAACACAAGGAGGACCACGGAACUGGAAAGAGCUCUGUGUUCAUCAGACCAGACAUCCUGAGAGGCGUCUUCAAAGGAGUGCCCAGUAUGGACUUCAGAGGCGGCCACAUGCUUCCUCACCACUGGGCAUCAGGGAUGCUUUCCUCGAGAGAACGGCACAUGCAGUGCACUAGCAUGGCUUCUGACCCACCGUCAGAAAAUCUCAAGGGCUCAGAGGCUUCGGGGGAAGGGGUGCCCAGUUUUUCCGACCUGGGGAGAGCUUACCAGAGCAUGGUGGGCAAUGGUGUCAACUUCCAAGGCUCCUUGCAGGCCUUCAUGGACAAUGUGGUUCUGAGCUCAUUGAAGAAAGACAAGGAAAUGAAAGAGAAGCCUUUUAGCGAAAGCCUAGAUAUGAAAGCCAAGACAACUGAACACAGUGAGGAGAAAACAGAUGCCAAGCCUUCAGUAGGCAAACCCGAGAAAUCUCAGUACGAACCACUUGAUCUGUCCAUCAGACCAGAUUCUGCCUCUCUGCCUGGCUCUUCUGUUACAAUCCAAGACAGCAUUGCCUGGCACGGCUGCCUUUUCUGUUCAUUCACAACUUCAUCCAUGGAGCUGAUGGCUCUCCAUCUGCAGGCCAACCACCUGGGGAAAACCAAGCGCAAAGAAAGCAUCUUGGACAUUGCAGGAAUGAGCAAGGAUCAAAUAGGGGAGUCUUAUUCAACAAACAAAGCUAGUUUAGCAAUCAGUGCUAUACAAUCUGGCAAAGAGGCCAUGGUCUCCAAACAAGCCACCCAUGUAAAUAAGAUGAACCAGCAACAGCAAGGCAAAGAAUCUUUGGGAGAACAGAAAACUUUAACCUGGCCAAACCACAUGGACACUAAUGUAAGCAACCUUCAAAAUGAUUUCUUCAAGCAGUUUAGUGAUUACGCAACUUCUAGCCGAGCUGGAUCACAGGGGUCCAGUCAUGAAGUUGAGAAAAUGAUUCAAACCAGCGACAGCUCAAAUCUUAAGUCCACAAGCCUGACUAAUAGAUGUGCACGUGAUGAACUUUCUGAUAAAGUCUCUUGUGAUGAGAUGGAGACUUCAGAGGAGCAAGAUCAGUCUGAAGAUGAAGCCAGAGCUGCAGAUCACAGCAACAAUGAGUCAGCCACUGAGAAACAGGACAGUGAUGACGAAGACGAAGAUGAUGAUCAUGAUUAUGAUGAUGAUGAUGAUGAUGAUGAAGAAGAUGAUGAUGAAAGCAGGGACCAGAUGCAAACCGAGUCUGCUGCAAGGGACUCACUGGCGCUUAUGUCCUCCGUGCCGCUUGAUAAACAGUGGCAGGGCUUGAAUCUUCUUUCAUCUCAAGGAGUUCCUCCGGGGGUGAUGAAACCGGAACAGGCCCAUCUUGAGCAGCAGAUGAACAUGCUGUCUGUCUUGAGGGCCUACAGCACUGAGAACCAUGCGGCAUUCAAUGGUCUUGGAAACAGCUCAAACACCACCGGUGGCAUCAAGAGACCAGACUUGCCUGCUCAAAGGCCAUUCCAAUGCAGAUACUGCCCGUACAGUGCCUCCCAGAAGGGGAACUUAAAAACCCACGUGCUGUGUGUGCAUCGCAUGCCUUUCGACAACAGCCAGUACCCCGACCGGCGGUUCAAGCGGUCCCGAGUGGACUCCGACACCUCGGGGAAUUCAGAAGACAUGAACGCCAUGACGCCGGGGAGCUCUGGAGAGAACACGCCAGAGGCAGGCCGUGUCCAGGAAUAACACCAUUCAGCAAGACUUAGUGUACAGAACCAACAAGGACUCCCCAAGGUUUUCACAUGUGCACCCGGGAGGGUGGGGUGGGGGGUUAAGGGAGGAGACAAAAUUCCAAGGAGCAAUCUUAAAUAAUAAUACAACACCACAUAAUGAUAAUAAUAUAAAAAAAUGAUUUAAAGAUUUGAAAGUGGGGAAGAAAACAAAAAAAAAGAAGUUUCUAGCCCUCUGAAAUGGACAUUAAAUCUUUAAAGUGAUUUUUUGUCCAAAAAUAAUGCUUUUACCAGAAAAACGAUACGUCCAAACGAUUUAGCGACGCCUUGAAAACCGAAGGGACUGUGUUUUCAGUGUUGAAAACACCUUUAUAACAUGACACCAGCUGCUGUCAUUCGCCUAGCAUAGUAAUAAGAUGUGCUGGUAGACUGCCAUGGUGCCAGCCUGACUGGAGCUGUCAUAGCAGAAGAAAUCAAUUCAGGCGGUGUCGCAACUGCACUAUAGGAGAAACCCUAGCUGGCCCACAGGCAAGGGUCAGUACUGACCUGUAUUAAAGAGGAUUGGGAUAUUACAUUCACUUUCAUAGCCAAUUGAAUAUUAAAAGAAACUAUUUAUCUGCAGAGAUAUGUCAAGCAAGUUUGAGUCAUUCCUUUUUGGUGGUCAGUUUUGCAGUAUUGAGAGGGAAAGAUAUGUGUUUCCUUUUAUUUGAUGAUGCUGAUGAAGUACAAGAAGACUUUGUCUGUUUUUUUUAAAGAUGCAGCACAGCCGUGGUGUACAUACACAUUGUAUAGUGCUGAAGCUAGCUCGCCAUGACUGUAGGGGGCACUAGUGAGAAGUGUUUCUUUUGUAGCAAGAGUUUCGCUUUUUGUAUUUGAAUGAAGGAACACCCCCACCCCCCCCCCCCACCCCCCCACCCAUGUCUGACAUGGUCAGUUUUCAGUUUGUCAGUUUUUAUGAUAAAGUCACAGUGCAGGACCACCUUCCUAAUUAAGCUCUUAUGAAGUAGCUGAAGUGAAAAAGAAAACCUGCUCUUUGUCUCUAAUAUAGUGUAUUAGCUAAUUCUUAUUUGUUUUUGUAAAACAUGAAUUUGUUCUAUAUUUUUUACAAAUUUUAGCUUUUGUACAAUAUGGAUUUCCAAAUUUAUGUUCAGCUUCAUAUAGAAGCUUUUUUAGAGGGUAAGAACGUCUUUUUUUUCUCCAUGUAUUUUUUUUUUGUUUUCAGAAAAGAUAAAUCGAAUAAAAGGGUCAGACCCUAUCAAACCAGCUUGAAAAAAGCAGUAGAGUAUAGAGCCUUUCAUUGUACUUCCUUUGUUAAAGGCAAAAAAAAACAAAACAACGUGGUGCUUUUUAUUGCUGCAGUAGAAAAGUAUUAAUGUCUUCUGAUAAAAGAAGUCAUCCAGACUUUUAAAAAGUCAAUAUCUUCCCAUGCAGGCUGGGAGAAUACACUAAAACCCCUGGGCCUUAAAACAUUUAAACUCUGUCUAAAGCAGUUUACAAAAAUACUAAACUGCAAUCAAUGUAAAUACAAUUCUUAGCGCUACCCUGAGACAGGAAAAAGAAAAUCUCAGGCUAAGAAAAAAAGAAAAGGUUCGCAUAUGCUGGUGAAGUAAAAGUAUAUCAUUCCAGUGAAGUUACAGUUUAAAUGAGGUUGCUUCGUAAUUAGGAUCCAUCUGGCAAAGCAAGCUGCUUUAUUGUUUUUUCUGGUAUAGUUCUCACUGCCUUACUUAAAUCGAGUUGAUAAACUUAAUGUAACUGUUUCUACAUGCCCAAUCGAGGGAUUGCAAUGUUAUUAAAGUACUUUCUGAUUGUAGUAAGCUUUAGGGUUUGAACUGCACUACUGUGUUUGGUGACUGUCAGUCGCUUGCUUUUCGUGUGUGUGUGUGUGUGUGUGUGUGUGUAUGUGUGUGUGUGUGUGUGUGGCCUUCAGUAUCUUAGCAAAAAAAAAAAAAAAAAAAAUUAAAAACUAUUUAAAAGCAUAAAUUAAAAAAAAAAACACAUUCCAUUUCUCACACUUUUUCAGCUCUUUCAGUAUUCCUCUGUGUCUUUUGAGCAUUUUUCAGAUAUGACAGGCAAUAAUUCUGUUUGUGACACUGGAAACAUUUCCUGUUCUUUGUAAAGUGUUUGUUGAUUUCAUAUGGUCCGAUGCUACUGUUCCUACCUUACAAACCAACCCCCCACCCUCCCCCUCUGACGUAAAUCCCCUUUUCCCCCAUAAUAUUUGUAACUCAUAAUGCAAACAAGUGACAGCCGCAGAGAUGUAUUGUCAGAUUCUGAAUAUCAUCAUGCUUCUCAAGUCUAAACAUGUCAACUUCUUUCUCUGUAACUUCUGUCGUCUGUGAUACUGGUCAUAAUACUCUCUACAUUCCUACAUGAAGAAUAUUUCUGUCUUGGAGGAGAUCUGAGAACCAUAGAGUAGAGGGUUUUGUUGCUAUGCUUCUAACAAGUAGAUUACUUUGUAUUUAAGGAUUAUUCUUGGUAAUUAUUUAUUAUUACACAUCUAUUGACAUAACUUUAUUCUGGUAUAGAGGUAUUCAAAGUUGUUUGUUUUUCAGCAAUGACUGUUUUCUUUCUGCUGUUACAAGUUAAAAUGUCUUUGAAGCAGUAAAGUUUUAUCCAGUGUUUUACGCAAUAAAACCUCUACCUCUGAAAAAAAAGA